AUGUCCUUUGUCGACAUCAUGCAUUAUAAUUACGGAAAGCGCGACGCAGGCUAUAGAAGGUCCGAACGGAGGUUCCGCGCUCGGAACCUACGGGUUAAGGGGAUCGAGGUCGAUCAGACGUAUCCCACAGAUCAGCGUUUCUUGGCUGACUCCGCCAUGAAUAGUGCAUACUACGCCUAUUGUCCUGAUGAAUCAUCGAUGGGCCGUCGAAUGGACGCAUUGUGUCGUCAUCAAAUUCUUGUGGUCCUCUCGGGCUUACAUGUGGAGUCAAGUACAGCUAUGCUAUGGAAGCGACUUCUGCAGUUGGGCAACAUCCGCAAUCUCGUUUCGGCGAUACUGGUUUGUCAUCUCAAGUCAGCGCAACUGAUCGGCGGACGGUCAUGGCUGAGAGAUAAUGAGGAGUAUGCACGCAGCCAUCGGGAAGAACUUAAGACGUCAAUAACUAGCCAAAGCACGUCUGGCCCCUCGAGACUUCUACCGUCGGGAAAGAUAAUCUCGUGGACGAGGGACGGCUGCGCACGACAAAUUCAGAUCUCGGUUCUCAUCCAAGCAGAUUACAUACUCUCACAGACGUCCAAUGAUCAGCACUUCGGUCACGUUUUGGCGACCAUUGCCUGA